GUCGGGGGUGAGGCGACGCCGCGGGGCCAGGAAGCCAGCGCCGGGCGGCCUGGUGCUGCGGCUGUUGAGCUGGGUGUCCGGGUCCGGGGCAGCUGGAGAGCGCGCGGCGGGAGGCCGGACCUGGAUGGAGCAGGAAGAAUGGUAUAGAAAUGAAAAACAUCAACACGUGCUUCGAAUGUGACAAGAAAAGAAUAAAGGCUCUCAUGAUUGUUUGAGUUCAGACUUUACACUGGAAGGAAAGUAAACCUUAAUUUCUUAGUUUCAAUAAGUAGCUCUUCUUGGGAACUGGAAACUUCCAAAAAAAAAAAGCCAUCUGUGAAGACAUGGAGUUUUGAGAAGUGAGAGAAGCCAUGGGUCGGCCAUGGGUGAUCAAGACACAGCCCGACAAUGUGGAUCAACUUCUUCAGACUGCGGCUGUUCUGCUGUCUGCUCGCAGCGCUGAUGGUGGUGGCGCUGGUCAUCAAUGUCACUCAGGUGGAGUACUUGGACCACGAGACCGCUUCAGCCACGUUCAUAGACAGUGGUGGACAGUUCGUGUCCUCCCAGGUGGUAAGAAGCAGCCGGAAUCCUUACUGCGGCUAUGAGCGCCAGAUCCUGUCCAGCCGGGAGCGCCUGGAAGAGGACUCCUUGUUGGCCGCCUUGCAGUGGCAGGAGCCGGACGUGGGCCCAGUCCCCUUUCUGAAGAGCACUGAUCCUUCUUCCAGCUAUUUUGUCAUCUUGAACUCUGCAGCCUUCUUCAGGGUGGGAAGCCAGCUAGAGGUGCUGGUUCAUGUGCAGGAUUUUCAAAGAAAGCCCAAGAAAUAUGGCGGAGACUACCUGCAGGCCAGAAUCCACUCCCCUAGGCUCCAGGCGGGGGCCGUGGGCAGAGUGGUGGACUACCAGAACGGGUUUUACAAGGUCUUUUUCACUCUGCUCUGGCCAGGUCAAGUUAAAGUGUCCAUAUCUCUGGUCCACCCCAGUGAAGGGAUCCGAGUUCUUCAGAACCUGCAGGAAAAGAAACCAGAUAGGGUCUAUUUCAAGAGCCUCUUCCGCUCAGGGAGGAUUUCUGAAACUACGGAGUGUAACGUGUGUCUUCCUGGGAGUCUUCCCCUUUGCAACUACACAGACCUCUACACUGGGGAACCCUGGUUCUGCGUCAAACCAAAGAAGCUCCCUUGUAGCAGCAGAAUUAACCAUUUCAAAGGCGGAUACCUGAAGGGCCUCCUCACUGCUCCAGAGAAUGCUUUCUUCCAGAGUGGUGUCAAUAUCAAAAUGCCAAUCAACUCCAGUGGACCUGAUUGGGUGACGGUGAUCCCCAGGAAUGUAAAAGAAACCAACAGCCUAGGACUAUCUCAAGGUUUAGGAACUUUUCCUUCUGGUUAUUAUUACAAAGAUCAGUGGAGGCCCAGGAGGUUUAAGAUGCGCCAGUUUAAUGACCCUGACAACAUUACCGAAUGCUUGCAGAGAAAAGUGGUACAUUUCUUUGGUGACUCGACAAUCAGACAGUGGUUUGAAUACCUCACUACAUUUGUUCCAGAUUUAGUGGAGUUUAACUUGGGUAGCCCCAAGAAUGUGGGUCCUUUCCUGGCAGUGGACCAGAAGCACAAUAUCCUGCUCAAAUACCGCUGCCAUGGCCCACCCAUCCGCUUCACGACCGUCUUUAGCAGUGACCUCCGUUACGUGGCCAACGAGCUGAAUGGCAUCGUGGGAGGGAAGAACACAGUGGUCGCCAUAGCCGUGUGGUCUCAUUUCAGCACCUUCCCCUUGGAAGUGUAUAUCCGGCGGCUCAGGAACAUCCGUCGGGCUGUGGUCCAGCUCCUGGACCGAAGCCCUAAGACUGUGGUGGUCAUCCGGACAGCCAAUGUCCAAGAGCUGGGGCCUGAGAUUAGCCUUUUCAACAGCGACUGGUAUAACUUUCAGCUGGACACCAUCCUUCGGAAGAUGUUCUCAGGGGUUGGAGUAUAUCUUGUUGAUGCCUGGGAGAUGACCCUGGCCCAUUAUCUACCCCACAAGUUACAUCCAGAUGAAGUUAUUGUGAAGAACCAAGUGGACAUGUUCUUGUCCUUUGUGUGCCCCUUGGAGACCUAGCCUGCCAGAGGGGACUGGAGGAAUCACUUUCAGUGACCUUCUCUCUCACCUACACUACAAAAAGAUAAACUUUUUUACACAGGUGGCCCUGUGGAGAGAUGGCUUCUAUAUGUAUUUAAAAUUUAGAAAGGAGCUGAACUUCAUAUAAUCAUUGUAAGGAGCUUAGAAAAUGCAGAUUACACUUAUAUCUACCUAUAGGAUUUUUUUCCUAUCUUGACUUAGCCACGGGUGAGCCAUUAUUAACAGCAUAUACACACUAUACUGCCCUUGUAACCAAAGAUACUAAUGAGUGUGUCUGAACUAGCUUCUCUUGGCAGGGGAUAUUACUGUGCUAUGAAGUGUGAAAAAUGUUCUGACCUAAGUGGAAGGGGCAAGUUUGGUUGGCAGUGGACUGUAGUUUAUUUGGUAAAGGAGCAUAUUUGCAUGAAUAGCAUAAUUGGCCCAUCUUCAGCGGAGGUGAAUUUAACCCCAGGCUUGCAGUCAGCGGCUCCUGUGAUACAUUGAAGACAGCUGUGUCUCAAGAGUUUCUUUUGAUGAUCCAGUUUUUUUUCUGAAUUACUUGAAAAGGCCAGUAUCCUUGGUCAGAACUUUCUAAUGAGAAUAUUUACAGUGUCCGACUUUAAUCUGGAAAAGAAGCAAAAGGGAAAGCUGAAAGCAGUAUAUAUAAAAUUGAUAUUUGCAUUGGGUGAUUGUUACUUACUUGAUUCAGCUAAGGAUGAAUACUUAUUCUAAAAUAACCACUUUUGGAACUGAAAGGGAAAAUAUAUAAAGGCAGCUUUAUUUUUGUGUUCUGAAGUUUGAGGGUUUUAAGAAUUGACUUUUAUGUAAAGAUUGCUAUUGUUUGUUAUAAAGUUGUGCAAAGUAUUUCCAGCAAUACUGAGUGUUUCUUUUUUGGUUGUUAUUUUGAAUUGCAUACCCAAAUUAGAAAUUAAAAUCUAAUUAAAAAUUAAAUUUAGAUAUUGAAACCUGUGAAGGGUUGAUAUGGGCAUGAGGUAAUGCUUAUGCUUGGAAGUAAAAGGUGCUAUUCUUACUGGCUACCUUAAAAUAAUUGAAUUAUCAAUUUUACCUUAUUAAUUUUAAAUAAGUUUAAGUUAAUAUGUGGCCACUUAGUCCUCUUUUCUUUUUGAAAAGAGUCUAGUUUUAUUUAUCCCUAAAGGAACGUGUGAUGGACAUGGAUUUGGGUAAACUCCGGGAGAUGGUGAGGGACAGGGAAGCCUGGUGUGCUGCAGUCCAUGGGGUUGUGAAGAGUUAAACACGACUUGCAACAAAGGAACAUAUGAAGAAACUGGGGGGGGCUUCAGAAGUGAAGAAAAAUGCCUAAUGCAUGAAAAAAUAAACUCAGAGAAUGGGUCAAAAAAUCUGAGUUUUUAACUUAAAACAGAGAUACUGAGAUCUUCCUUUCCUAGCCUUGAGGGCCAGCUUCCAGUUUAUAAAAUAAAUAAAUAUAAUUUUAAAUUAUUUUCUGAGUCUGAAGUAGGCCAGGUAGUUAAAUAUAUUAAUAUAGUUGAAUUUUAAUGGUCUUUAAGCUUUAGAGUGUUUAAUGACCAUUUAUUUGAUCAAAAUGCAGAAUUAGGGAAAUUGUGGAGUCAGCCUUAGUGGCAGACAUCUGAGGAUUCUGAUGCAAUGGUGGUCUUCUACAUUUUGAGAAACACUAAGGGAAGAUAGAACUAAGGAAAUAAUAUUUUUUUGUCUUAUUUUAGGGGCUUUUCCCAUAACAUUUAGUUCUGAUCAGGAUCUAAUACUGCAGGUAAUAUUAGCUCCCUUUUAUAGAUGAAGAACUUGAUUUUGGAUUUGAACUAAGGUGCAUGAGAGUCCAUAGCCCUUUUCAAAAGGAACUUUUUGGACUUUGUAAACUUUUGUUUUUCAUGAAAGAACUUUGGAGCAUUUUCUCAACUGUCACUGGAAAAGGCUGAGUCAUGUCUUCCUAGGAGAAUUUCAAUUUCCACUGCCCCUGCAGAGCUUUGGAGUGAUGCUACUUAUUUGUAUAAAUGAUUUCAUGUGAUCUCAUCUAGUUAUUUUUUGAUUUAGUGACAUUAUGUCCUAAAGAUUUGAUGACACAGUUUCUUAAAGUAUGCUCAUUCAUUCUGUCCUUCUAAUUUGUCUUUAUAUACUCAUGUGGAAAUUUAAAAAAAUGUCUAAGUGGGGAGUUUGGAAUAUUACCUAGGCCAUUUCUAGAUACAGUAUUUUAAUUUCUUCUGAAAAGUUUAACUUAAGCCAAUACCACAGAGUUGUGACUGUUAGCAUGCCAAUCAAAUAAUAUAGUUUAUUUUAAAUAUAUAUUUUCCAUUGUAAGUAUAAAGGAUGUUAAAUAUUGAGUUGGCCAUGGAAAAACCUGAACGAACUUUUUAGCUAACCCAAUAUAAAAAAUUAUGAAAUCUAGAAGAAAAAAAACCUAUGGAUAGGGUCCAUAAUUCUAUCAUCUGAAUGCAAUGAGCGUUAGCAGUUCGGUUUGAUGUCUUCUAGUUUUUUUAAGUCACAUAGCUGUAAUCACAGAGAACAUGUACUUUGUAUCUCUUUUUAAAUUUCACAUAUAAAUAGUUUCCAUGUUGUCAUGACUUAAUUAUAAAAGUCUACCUAACAGUGUAGCUGAGGGAUAUCAUUAUAUACCUAGCUUGGCCAUUCAGGUUUAUAAUAAAAUAUUAAAACAGUGGUUUAUAUAUAGUUUAUGUAUGUAUGUGUGCUUAGCCGCUCAGUCAUGUCUGACUCUUGGCGACCCCAAGAACAGUAGCCCGCCAGGCUCCUCUGUCCAUGAGGAUUCUCCAGGCAGGAAUGCUGGAGUGGGUUGCCAUGCCCUCCUCCUCCAGAUACAUAUGUGGCUUAUAUAUAUAAGUGGGGCUUAUAUAUAAACAGUGGGUUAAAAUACUGAUUUUUAUUUUGGAAUGACAGUGUUAACUUCAUUUGUUGGGUCUUCUAAUACUCUAGAACUCAAAUGAUUGAUUCCAUGCUACUUGUGAAGGGGAGACUCCAUAAUAAAGCCCUUCUAUGCAAAUUA